UCUUUCUCUCUUCUCACUGAUGUCCUUUUGUUUUGGGUAGCCAUGGGAGGGUAUUAAAAGCUCAAGAGCUUUUACGAGUUGCCUAAGUAAACCUUAAUUGUUAUAUCGAUCCAGUAAUUUUAUCAAACCAUAUAAAGCACACAUGUUAAUGGAUUUCGAUCACCGGUCCUUCCUAAUUCUAUUCACCGCUACUAAAACUCAUCUGAAAUCUUAUUUUCCUUCGAUACCCAUUUAAUUAACCAUCUGGAGUGUUUGCUUCCGGAAAACUGGUUUCUUGUCUUUAAGAGAGCAGAAUUUGCAUCUUUGUUUUGACAGUUUGUGUUGUCCGUGUUCAAAUUGUUGUUUCCUUCCUCUAAGUUUCAGGUGAUCGAUCCCAAUUAAGGAAUCUGACCAUCUCCAACUUCUGCUCCUAAAGAGUCUCUAGUCUCUUCCCUUUUCUAUAUUUGUAGAAUGUUGAUGAUACGGAGUCAAUAGUUUGUUGUAUAGAAUAGAUAGAAUUGUCGAAUGUUCUCUUCUGGUUUUCAAACCACAAACACAUAGACAAAACAGUUUCCUCAAAGAAAUUUGAAAGAGAUAGAAGGUGAGAGAUCACGAAGGGGUAGCUAGAUAUGGAACAUCAAGGAGGAGAGAUGGCUCUCCCUAUCAACAGCACAUAUGGUGGAGGCCAUGGGCAUGGUCACAUGCUUCAUCAUGAAUCUGCACCACACAAUCACAUUGUCCCAUCUUCAGCGGCAGCAGUAGCAGUAGCACAGAAACAACACCAACACCAAUUACAACUACCAAUAACCAACGGGCCCACCAGAAUAGUACCACUACCCUCAUGUUCUUCCUUGGAAGAGUCUGUACAAGUUCCCUACACCAACAAUGACGACAACAGGAUGAUGGUAAGGUACAGAGAAUGCCUCAAGAACCACGCAGUUUCCAUUGGAGGGAUUGCAACAGAUGGGUGUGGUGAGUUCAUGCCCUCCGGUGAAGAGGGUACCCUUGAAGCUCUCACCUGCUCAGCCUGCAACUGCCACAGAAACUUCCACAGGAAAGAGAUUGAAGGUGAAAUCCACCACCACCACCACCCAGUCUCCUGCGACUACAAUUAUCACUCUGCCCCGAGAAUUGAGGUUGGAAAUGGUAGAUUGCAGGGUCAUCAUCACCACAGGGGUAUUCUUGGAAGAGAAUCUUAUGGGUACAAUCACAAUCAUGCUGGGGUACUUGUACCUUCAAGAGCGCCACUACCAUUGAUAAUGUCGUACGAUAUGGGGAUUGGAUCUUUUCCAUCAGAAUCUGAUCAUGAACUUGAAGAUGGUGGUGGGUUUAUGAACAGGCAUCAUCCACCACUACAACCACAUCAGAUAGUGAAGAAGAGGUUCAGAACAAAGUUCACAGAAGAACAGAAGGAGAAGAUGCUCAGUUUCGCAGAGAAGGUUGGGUGGAAGAUUCAAAAGCAAGAGGAGUCGGUGGUGCAACAGUUUUGUCAAGAACUAGGGAUCAAAAGGAGAGUCCUCAAGGUCUGGAUGCACAACAACAAGCUCAACUUAGCCAAGAAGAUCAACCCUGUUCCCAUUAAUCCUCAAAACCAAGUAAAUUAGGUAAUGCAUGGGAAGGCUUUAACACUUAUCUCCAUUGAUUACGAUGUUUAAAUAUAUACUGUAGCUAAAAACGUUAGGUAACUAUUUUGUCUUUAGCUUUCUUUAUCUCUUUGGUGGUGGGCAACCUUUCCUUUAUUGGAUUAUAUGUAUUAUGCUUUUCGGGGUCAAUUUAUAAUAUAUAAUAACAUUGUUGGAGAUUAUGCGA